AGAAGUGUCUCUACUUUCCCGUACGGUUGCUCGCAUGUCUUCAAGCGACGUCUACCCAAGCUGCCCAACCCGGUUGUUCCCUAUUUCCCUCAACGUGUCCUUUGUGCAGAUGGUUCAUCAUACAUGCAAUGGACAACAUCACCCCGCUCACGAAUAACAUCGACGCGCGAUACAACAAAAAACCCUCUUUAA